GAGAACGCGCAAAGCGCCAGCGAAGGCUGUGGUCGCUGUGGGGUACGGCGGGAGCUAACUGGAUGUGCAUUCGGGUGUUUGCGGGAUCUACGGCCAUCAUGCGAUAGCUCAGUCUACUUCUAGCCUAGCUUUUUGUUUUUUAUUGUUUUGUGAACCUCCUAAAUUUUUACCUGUUGGCCCCACGCUGCUGCGAAGAACGUGCGAUCAAGCAAGCCUAGCGGCGUCAAGUCAAGCUCGCCCUACCCCCGCCACAACACCACCCGUCGUAGGAUGUCACAUUCCCGGACCCAUUCUAAAUUAUCCCGUGCUGUUGUGAACUCUAAAAUCUCGUACGGCAUCGCAGCCGUCACAAUGGAUACCGGCAGGCGACGCGUCACGACUGUGCUCAGGAUUUUAGUGUGUCUACUCGUCGUGCUGGCACAGGGCACCCCUGCAGAAAGUAGAUGUUCCUUUCGAGGAAAAUGCGGCAUAGACGAAGACACGGAGAAGGAACGACCGUGCCUAUAUACAGGGGAGGGACAGCCGAUGCAAGAAGAAGGCUUGAGCAUCCUUCAAGAGCUGUGUCCUCAUUUGAUAGAAGGUCAGGCAGAGCCAAAAUUCUGCUGUGACUACCCGCAGCUGGUAACGAUGAAGGCCGAGCUGGAACAGCCCCUCGGCCUGGGCAUGGGCAAGUGUCCCACGUGCUACAGCAACUUUGUCCGCAUCUUUUGCGGCUUUUGCGACCCAAACCACGCCGACUACAUCGCCAUCAACAGGACCGAGCCGAGUGACGAGCAGGAAGGGAAGGAGACGGUCCUGGCCGUGGACUACGCCGUCAGCAAAGAGUUUGCGCACGGGGCCUUCGACUCGUGUGCCCACGUGCAAUCGGUGGUGACGGACAACACGGUGAUGCAGUUCAUGUGCGGUAGCAAGGGCAAGGACUGCACGGCGGCCGACUGGUUCACCUUCCUGGGAAGCACCUCCGACGAGAACGGCUUUGCUCCGCUCAAGUUCAACUACAUCAUCACGGGGGAGAGGAGCAUUACGGCCAGCGGCGUUUCCCUCAAGCCGUUCAACCCAGGCCACCAUCGAUGCUCGGAGCCAUUUGGAGCCAGCAAGCAGCGGUGCAGUUGCAGCGACUGCCCGGAGGUUUGCGUGGCCUUGGAGCCACCGCUGCUGCCACCAGACGCGAUGCCUUUCACCAUUGGUCGCUACGACGGGAUGCUGGUGGUUUCCAUGCUCCUCUUUGUGCUCCUCAGCGCCGGCGUCCUCGGAGUUUUCUUCCUCAAGAGCAACAGGAGGCGGAGCUCGUUCAGAGGGGUACCCAAAUGUGGUGCCUUUUCAUCAGUUACAUCAGUGUCAGGCUCAUCGGAGUCCAGUGUUUCCGACACGAGCGGCAACAACAAUGACAUUAUCAGGAUGCCGCUGCACCGGCCAACCAAACCGGCCCGUUCCGUUUUGUUGGCGGCUGUGGAUCUUGGCUCCCUUGAGGAGGUGGAGCCCCUCAGGUCAAAGCGCUCAAUCAGCUCCAACGGCUUCACCAACGCCUCGGCCGUGGACUCCCCGACACCAUCUCCUCCCGGCUCUCCUAUCUCGCUCCGGCCGCCGCCGCUGUCCGGAGACGCGGUCAACAACGGCAGCGUCGCCAACGGCAACGCCAACGGCAGCGCGGUGAAGCCCCCCGCGGAGGAGCCGCACGUCCGCACGCUCUCGUCGUUCGGGGCCACCAUGGAACAACUGCUGCAGGCCGGCUUCCACCGCUGGGGCCUCUUUGUUGCCCGCAACCCCCUCCUGGUGCUCAUCGCCGCGCUGGCUGUGAGCGUCCUCCUGUCUCUGGGUCUGCUCAAGUUUACUGUGACUACGAACCCCGUGGACCUGUGGGUGUCACAUAGCAGUCUGGCCAGGAAACACAUGAACUACUUCAACAGUCACUUUGGUCCUUUCUACCGGGUGGAGCAGAUAAUCCUCCGUCCCAAGAACCAGCAGUUCUUUGUGCUGGAGACGGAUGGAGUAAACAGAACAUUUGGGCCGGCAUUCGAGAAGAAUUUCAUGAUGGAGGCCCUGAGGCUGCAGCUGGCAGUGGAAGCAGUGGUGGGCAGGCUGCGUCUCGAUGGGACGCCGAUCCACGAGUUGGAAGAAGAGGUUUUGGAUCCGAAGGACGUGAAGAACGUCACCAUUCAGGACGUCUGCCUGUCCCCACUGUCCCCGCUGAACAGGCACUGUUCGGUGCAGAGCAUCUUCGCCUACUACCAAGACGACCCGUCCAAGCUCAACCUGACGGACAAGUUGGAUCCGCUCUCUUACCUCAAGCACUUCGAACACUGCAGCAAAACUCCGUCUGACGUCAACUGCUUCGCCAAGUAUGGAGGACCGAUCGAUGACAUCUCCCUGGUUCUGGGGGGAUUCAAUGGGAGUGACUUUCACCUGGCCUCUGCUCUGGUAAUCACCAUACCGGUGAACAACUUCAACGACGUAGAGAAGAAGUACCCUGCCCUCGCCUGGGAGAAAGAGUUCGUCAAGCUCAUGAAGAACUACAACAACACCGAGGUCAUGACUGUUGCCUUCAUGGCUGAGAGAUCUAUCGAAGACGAACUGGAGCGAGGCAGUCACUCUGACGUCGUGACGGUUGGCAUCAGCUACGUCAUCAUGUUCGCCUACAUCGCCAUUGCGCUGGGCGACAUCAACAGUUGCAGUAGACUUUUGAUUGACUCAAAGAUUUCCCUGGGCCUGGUUGGAGUGAUAAUUGUUCUUCUGUCCGUGGUGGCCUCGCUGGGCAUCUUCAGCUUCUUUGGCGUUUCUGCCACGCUCAUCAUUGUUGAAGUGAUCCCCUUCCUGGUGCUUGCUGUUGGGGUCGACAACAUUUUCAUCCUGGUGCAGCAGUUUCAGCGCGAUGUCCGUCGCGAGGGAGAGACAACGGUGGAGCAGGUGGGGAGGCUGGUAGGAGAGGUUGCCCCAAGCAUGAUGCUCUCCAGUGUCUCCAUGUCUGCCUGCUUCUUCAUCGGUGCCUUGACAGAAACUCCCGCAGUGCGGAUCUUUGCGCUGUACGCCGGUGUCGCCCUGCUCAUCAACUUCUUCCUACAAAUGACUUGCUUCCUCUCCUUGUUUACUCUGGACACACUUAGGCAGGAGGACGGCCGUCUAGAUCUGUGCUUCUGCAUCCGUGCUUCAAAGAAGAGCCGUCCGUCCCAAAACACCAGUCUGCUGUACAAGUUCUUCAAGAAAGUCUACGCACCCUUCUUGCUGAACAACUCCGUGCGUGUGGUGGUGAUGAUCACGUUCAUUGGCUGGCUCUGUUCGUCCCUCGCCGUCAUCGGAAAAAUUGAAGUUGGGCUGGAUCAGGAGCUGGCCAUGCCUAAGGAUUCCUACCUUCAGCGGUACUUUGACUACCUCAAGAAGUACCUCCAAGUAGGACCGCCGGUGUACUUCAUGGUCACGGAGGGCUAUGACUACUCCAAGGUUGAGAACCAGGCAAAACUCUGCAUCCAGGAGCAAGUGUGUGAUCAGGACUCUGUGGGUGCUAAGUUGAAGCAGCUCACACUGCUCAGCAACAGGACUUACGUGACGAGGUUACGGUCUUACUGGUUGGACCAGUACAUCCUUUACAUGCGGUCGUCCGGCUGUUGCUACGAGGGCCAGAACAGCUCAGACUUCUGCUAUUCGCAGUAUGGUGAUGGGGGUGGAAAAUGCAAAAGUUGUCACGUUCCGCGGGAGAAGCCCUUCGUAGGAGAGGAGUUUUCGCAUUACCUCUCUUGGUUCCUGAAGGACGUACCCGGCGUCAAGUGUUCUUCAGCAGGUCGUGCGGAACAUGGCGGUUCGAUUGAUCACGUAAACGGAACUAUUAAAUCUGCCUACUUUUCGGCCUACCACCCUGUCCUGAAGACGUCUAAGGACUUCUACAUGGCACUCGACUGGGCUCGACUCAUCUCCCACAACCUGACCCAAGACAUACAGGCCAUUCAGCCCGGAGUGCAAGUCAUCCCUUACAGCCUGGUGCACGUGUUCUACGAGCAGUACCUCACCAUGUGGCCGGACACGUUCAAGAACCUGGCCCUGUCGCUGGGUGCCAUAUUUGUGGUCACCUUUGUGCUGCUGGGGCUGGACUUUGUGUCUGCGACGGUGGUCACCUUCACUAUCGUCAUGAUCAUCGUCAACCUGAUGGGCCUGAUGUACUGGUGGGACAUCUCGCUCAACGCGGUGUCCCUCGUCAACCUCGUGGUGGGCGUGGGGAUCUCGGUGGAGUUCUGCUCCCACCUGGUGCGAGUGUUUGCUCUCAGCGGUGCCCCGUCCAGAGUCAAAAGGGCCCAGGACGCACUCACCAAGAUGGGCAGUUCGAUCCUGUCCGGAAUCACGCUGACGGAUUGUGGCAUCCUGGUGCUAGCCUUUGCCAAGUCGCAGAUAUUCCAGGUUUUCUAUUUCCGCAUGUACCUGGGCAUCAUUGCCUUUGGCACGCUGCACAGCCUCAUCUUCCUCCCGGUGUUUCUAAGCAUCCUGGGUCCCCCCGUCAACAAGGACAAGUUGAUAGAGCACAUUCAGCUCCAGGAGAUGGCCACAGUCACUACGGCCGUCGUGAGGUCCAAGGCAGACACCUACACUCGAAAGGACGUCAGCGCAUAAUGAGGUCACAGCUAUUUAAAUAAAAUGACUGUUUAGUGAGAGGCAUGUUGAGGAAGGAGAAGAGGCUUUCACCGCCAAGAGCGUCUUCGUUGCAACAAGGAGCACUGCCCCUUUCGGUUUCAGUUCUGGUUCCUCGCAGGCUCUUUCGUUCUCAAGUUCUUAACAUCACCUACCAGUUUCACAAGUGAUAAUGUCUUCAUACGUGGUUUAUUGAUGCCCACAACUAAGUUUCUGUUGUCUCCUUUAAAAAAAAAAAAAAUGUUGAGAGUCUUUGUUUUUUUUUUUACUUUUCCUUUUUUAUACACAUAUAUUGCUUUGUACAGAUUCAUGUGGAUUGUAACCAAAGGUGAAAAAAAUACUUUCUCCAAUCAUUCUCUAAAUUCUGCAAGCAAAUCUGAAGAACCCUUUUGUUUUUUGGGGGGAACAUUCCCGAACGACCCUGAAUUGGCACGCGCGCCUUACGAGAAGGAACUGUUCAUAGCUGACGAUUGGGGCCAUAGAGAAUGACCUUGAGAUGAACCUUCAAAUUGUACCCUUUUUCUUGUACCCGCGGCCUCUUCUCAAGCGUCAAACGUUCCCGGGUGAUCUCUUUAAUGCUGUCGCCUGACGCUGAUCGAAGGCUGCAUUCGUAUAAUGUGUCUCUUCAUUGUUUUGUUUUUUGGGGACGACUUUUUGUUUAGUAAGGCAGGAUGGGUGAGCAUGGCAUUUCAAUCAAGUCACCCAGCAACGCGCGGGUGGCCGUCAGUACAACACUUGCAGAGGCCGAGUGGUGAAAGCAUUGUCUGCCAUCGCAGCGUGCAAGACGGGCGAACAGAAACGAGUUGUACAUUCCAGUUGUUCUUAACGGUGAUUUGCCUUAAUAGCUCACUGGGUAAUGUCGCUCCGUGCUACACAAGUGCACUCUUAGUUGCAAAGUGCAUUACUGUGUCGGAGAUUGACGGGCGGCCAUGACAUUCGCCGCGAGCAGGCACUCAAAGGCCGCCCAUGUUGACACGGGGAGUCUGAUGGCGCAUCCGUAGUUACGGCGAGUUUGUUAGCUGCGCUGCUAUGUGCAGUUUUGCUGCGACGGCCUUAAGAUGAGUUAAGCUUGGAUGCGAUCAAAGCCUUCUUUUUCUUCUUUUUUUUUGAGGCACUUUUCACAGUGUUUAGUGGCAUAGGGUAUCUAGUCUGUGUGGAAUCUGGGACAGUGGCAUAGCUAAAACUGGGGUUUCGCGUAUUUAUUAGCUUUCGGUACACGCAUUUCGUUCUGCGUUUUUCUGACAGCGGGAACGAUUUGAGCAGAAGUCGGAAUGGGCAGCUUAACGCGUGCCGGUUGAGCUAAUACUUUUUUUCUUUUUACAGUUUGUUUAAAAAAAAUGUUUCUUUUUUAUGUUGGUUUACUGGAACUUGAAAUUGGUGCCCCCGAUGCACGUCCGGGAAUGCUCAAUUUCUGCGUUUUCAUCCAAUAGACUGCACGAAGCUGGUGCCUUCUUUGAACGCGUGGAUCAACGUGAACACGCUGCUCUUAUGGAAUCACUGUCUUUGGGAAGGGGGAAAAUGAGAUUCCAUCUUUACACCUUGAUGUUGCAGUGUCUCUGUCGCCCUUUAUUUUUAUUGUCUUCAAUACUGUACCAACCUAUAAGAAAUCUGUUUAUUUUUUCUUCUCUCUGCACUGAUGCAAGAAACAAAAUAAAGGACAAACAAGCAUGCCUUUUUUUUUUCAUUUUUUAUUGGACAUUGCUUUUUUUUUUUUUUAUUGUGAUCGUUCAUUUGUGUUAUUAAAGGCGUGAGAGCAAGGUUGUCGCCACGCUGUCUCGUUGGAACGGGACACGCGGGCCUGUGUGUUGCGAGGAUGUCGUGCGACUCUGUUUCGCGCCCUCCCCCCCCGCUGCUUUUUGGCGGGUGGUGCAGUUUUGCAGGAAGCUGUACAGUUACAUUAUUGAAUAAUAAAAGUGUGUUGUCUUGUGGUAA